CUCCGCGGUCCGGCCGGGCCCCGAGCCCCCCGCACGAGGGUUCCGGCCCGCCGCAGGAGCAGCAGCAGCAGCAGCAGGAGGAGGAAGAGAAGGAGGAAGAAGAGGAGGAAGAGGAGGAGGAUGUCGGAGGCCUGUCUGGAGAGCCCGGACGCCGGGGGCCCCCCGCCCAUCCCGCUCCCGGAGGGCCGGGCCCUCGUGCUAGGACGGAGCCCCCUCACCCGAGUCACCGACCGGAAGUGCUCCAGGAACCAAGUGGAACUUGUCCCGGAUUACCGGACGCGGACUGUGAUGGUGACUCAGCUGGGCGUCAACCCCUCGUCGGUCGGAGGCCGGGUGCUGUCGCCCGGGGCCCGGGCCCCGCUGCGACACGGGGAGACGCUGCUCUUGGUGAAUCGGUUGUACCCGCUGGUCCUGCGCUUCCCCCCGGCCCGCCCGGAGGAAGCGGCCCGGAGGCCAGGAGACAGGGAACCUCCGAAGAAGAGGCUCAAGGAGGAGAAACCGGCCCGGGGAGGGGCCGGGGCUAAGGGGGCUGCCACCCCCAACCCCAUGGGCUGGCAGGAGCUGGGGAAACUGUUGGUGUUCACGGCCGGUGGCGUGACAGACCGAGAGAAGAUUGCGGGCUUUGACCUAGACGGCACCCUGAUCACCACCCGAUCUGGGAAGGUCUUCCCCACGGGGCCUGAUGACUGGAGGAUCCUCUACCCCGAGAUCCCUCGCAAACUCCAGCAGCUUCAAGCCGACGGCUACAAGCUGGUGAUAUUCACCAAUCAGUUGGGGAUCAGUCGGGGAAAACUCAAGGCCAAAGAUUUUCAGGCGAAGGUGGAGGCCGUGCUGGGGCAGCUGGGAGUUCCCCUGCAGGUGCUGGUGGCCACCGGCUCUGGCCUCUACCGGAAGCCGGUGUUGGGCAUGUGGGACCAUCUCUGUGAGCAGGCCAACGGAGGCGUGGAGGUCUCUGUGAAGGACAGUGUCUAUGUAGGAGACGCCGCCGGCCGACCGGCCAACUGGGCCCCCGGACGGAAGAAGAAAGAUUUUUCCUGUGCGGACCGGCUGUUCGCCCUCAAUGCCGCUCUGCCCUUCCACACGCCCGAGGAGUUCUUCCUGAACUGGAAACCGAGCCCUUUCAGCCUCCCGGAGCUGGACCCUCGCCAGCUGGACCCCAGUGGUCCCCUGCACCUGCCCGCCUCGGCCACCCUCGUGAGCUCCGAGCCUGAACUGGUCGUAGCCGUGGGGUACCCGGCAGCCGGAAAGUCAACGUUCCUGAAGGAACACCUGGUCUCCGCCGGCUACGCCUACGCCAAUCGGGACACGCUGGGCAGCUGGCAGCGCUGUGUGUCCGUGUGCGAGGAGGCGCUGAAGGGCGGGGGCCGAGCCGUGGUGGACAACACCAACCCCGACCCGGGAAGCAGGGCCAGGUACGUGGCCUGCGCCCGGACCCUGGGCGUCCCCUGCCGCUGCUUCCACUUCACGGCCUCGCUGGAGCUGGCGAAGCACAACAACAGGUUUCGGCAGAUGAUGGAUGGCACUCACCCCUCCGUGUCCGACAUGAUCCUCUAUGGAUACAGGAAGCAGUUUGUGGCUCCCACGUUGGCGGAGGGAUUCUCCCAGAUCCUGGAGAUCCCCUUCCGCCCCAAAUUCUCCUCCGCCAGGCAGGCAGCCCUCUACCGCCAGUUCUCUGAGGGCUGAGCCCAGCCCCUCCCUCCUCCACAGACCACCCGCGCCUCCCCCCACAAUAAAGACCCGUGUUCAAUUUC